ACUCAAUUCAAUCUUGUACACAAACAAGUUUCAACUCUCAAAAUUCAAAAAUGGAAUCAAGUUCUCUUUGUUCUUCAGUACUCCUUCCUUCUCCUUCACCAUUCUCCUCCCACAAUUCACAGUCUCAAAACAGAAAAUUUGGGCAAGUAAAACUAAGGCCUACUGGCGUUCAAGUUUCUGCAAAAGCUGGAAGAGAUUCCUGUGACUCAAACUACAGGAGACAAGGGCAGCUGGUAGAUGAAAGCAUGAUUGUGUUGAGGAAACGCAUACAUGAAAUGAAAAUGAUAGAGAGAAACUACGAGCCUCCGGCGGAGUGGAUGGCGUGGGAGAAGCAGUACUAUACGUGUUACGAUGAGUUAAUAUGUCAAGGCGUGGGGUUUUUGCAGUCUUAUUUGAUGAAUUGCAGGCCGAGUUUGGCUCUUGGGUUGGUUGCGGUGGUAGCUAUGAGUAUCCCGGCUUCGAGUUUUCUGGUUGCAUGUCGAUUGCUAGAGUUGGCUAAUGGAGUUUUGUCUGCAGCCGGCCAUGUUGGUUGAAUUUGUAUUUGCAGAAUAGUUUAUGCUUGUAAAUACAAGAAACUACUAUGAUAUAGGGCAUUGAUUCUUGUAAUUGUAUAUGUUUGUCAUGAAAGAAAUGGCAAGAUUCUCUGAUUCUUUGUCUUUUUG